AUGGCGACCACAACGACUACUCGGUCAUCAAAGACUUCGAUAUCUUUGACAUCACCUGUUGAGGACCACACACCCAAAGCCAGCAUCUUCAGCCAUGCAGCAUAUCCAACUAUCGAGAACUUCAAGACGAUCGAUGGACUUCUCAAAAGUCAUGCACAGCAGAAAGACCAGAAACCUCUUAUAUGCUAUCCCAAAAGCGACGUCGAUGACUUUGAAGAACAUACGGCCAUCGAUCUUGAUCGUUAUACCGACGCUACAGUGGCAUUCUACAUGGAUAGUGGACUUUCACCAGCAGACCCAACACAAGAGAAAGCACCAGUAAUCUCACUCCUAGCCACCUCAAGCUUCGAGGUCAUCCUCACCAAAUUCGCUCUCAAUCGUCUAGGCUAUGCUGUACUCUUUCUCAGUACCCGCCUCACAGCUCCUGCUUAUGCUCGACUGAUGGAGAUGUGUGAGAGUCGGACGAUUGUUACUUCGGAGAAGUUCACGCCUAUGAUUGCUGAUAUCGAGAACGAUCGUCCUGGCUGCACUGGCGUAACACUUUUGCAACGUAACGACUGGCAUGGACGACAGUCUGCCACACCACUCAUCAACGAUGAGAAGUGGCAUGAAUGUCAAAGCAAGAAGAUUGCAUGGAUUCUUCACUCAUCCGGCUCAACAGGCUUCCCGAAACCCAUCUAUCUCAGCAACCUACAAUGUCUAGCCAAUUUCCGCAAAUCCUUCGGUAUGCGUGCUUUCACUGCAUCGCCGCUCUUCCACUCUGGCGGACUCAUGGAGCUGGGCCGGGCUUUCUAUACCCGCUCUCCAAUGUUUCUUGCCAAUCAUAGUUUACCUGUCACGAGCACGAACAUGCUCAGGGCCAUUUCAGCAGCGAAGCCACGGCUUGUUGUCGCGGUGCCGUAUGUUCUCAAGUUGUUGGCUGAGAAGAAGGAGGGUAUCGAUGCCUUGGCAGCUACGGACCUGGUUCUGUUCAACGGAAGUGGAUGUCCAGACGACCUAGGCGACCGAUUGGUCGAUGCUGGCGUCAACCUGGUUGCUAAUUAUGGUGCUACGGAGACUGGCCAGUUGAUGACCUCGUUCAGAGGGCUACCGCCUACGGAUCGGGAGUGGUCGUAUCUGCGGCUAUGGCCCCCAGUGAAGGACUUUUCGCUUAUGGAUGAGAUCGCUCCCGGUGUCUUUGAGGCCGUAGGGCUGGAUGGUCUACCAUCUAAAGGCGCCGUCAAUUCGGAUGAUCCACCCAACAGCUUCCGAACAGCCGAUCUCUUUACUCGACACUCGGAUCCGAGUAAGAACAACUUUUACAAAUACCUCUCCCGUGCGGAUGAUCGAAUUACACUUGUGAUGGGCGAGAAGGUCCUCCCUCUGCCAAUGGAAGGUCGGAUUCGCCAAGAAGAUAUCGUUCGCGAGGCCGUUGUGUUCGGCUUCCAGCAGACUAUUCCCGGCGUCCUCAUCUUCCGACCAGCCGACAAGGCCACAGACCUAUCGGGCCAGGACUACCUGGACGCAGUGUGGCCGGCGGUAGAAGCUGCCUCAGCUAGAGCUGAAUCUUUUGCCAGGAUCAUUAAGGAGAUGGUCGUCAUUAUGCCAGCUUCUGCAGACUACGCGAAGACAGAUAAAGGGACUUUCAUCCGCGCACAGGUGUAUCAGCAGUUCGAUGCUGAGAUCCAAGCUGCAUAUGCGAGACUGGAGUCAUCGAGUCAAGGUGUUGAAAAGUUGGCCUUGGAAGUGCCUGAGCUGGAGCAGUGGCUGAUGUCUCGUUUCUGUGACGACCUACGGAUUCCUAUCAAGGACGUUGAGAGCGAUAUCUUCGCCGCGGGAGUGGACAGUCUCCAGACCACACGAAUAUGGCGGGCUAUACGGCAGAAACUGGAGCUGGGGUCUGGUGGUGCGAGCAUGAGUACAAAUGUUGUCUUCGAAUGUGGUACAGUCUCUAGACUAGCCAGGUACCUAUUUGCUCUUCGAACGGGCGGACCACUUGAUGACGAUGAUGGUGAGGUCAAAGAGAUGAGAAGGUUGAUUGAGAUGUACUCGGCCUUCCAUCAACGUCAAUCUUCGACCAAGUCAUUGCUAGAUGCAUCGCGACAUACCGUGCUCCUGACAGGUGCGACUGGCAACCUCGGUGCUUUCAUUCUCGCUGACUUGCUUCGAAGGGGUGAAGUGAAGGAAAUCAUCGUCCUCGCUCGAGCUUCCUCGCACGAGACUGCCAAGCAACGAAUCAAACAGUCCCUUACUGAUCGCAAAAUCGGACUCACGCCCGAGCAGGAAGAGAGAAUACGACCUCUAGCCUGCGACCUCAGCCAACCAGAUCUUGCUCUCCCAGUCCCGCAUCUCGAACACAUUCUGGAGAGUGUCACCUGCACAAUCCACAGCGCCUGGGCCGUAAACUUCAACCUCGGCGUUCGAUCGUUCGAAGACCAACACAUCCGCGGCACCUUCAACUUGAUCAACCUUUGCAUCCGUUCCCACCUAUCACAGCCCGCAUCUUUUUUUUUCUGUUCGAGUGUUUCGACGGCUUCUAGCACGCCAAAGCCUGCGACCAUUCCCGAGAGGAUCAUUGAAGACCUAAGUCAUGCACAAAAGACGGGAUAUGGACGCAGUAAGAUGGUCGCUGAACACAUCACAGCUAAAGCUAUGCAAAACACCGGUAUGAGAGCCAGGGUACUGAGGAUCGGCCAAUUGAGCGGCGAUACGAAGGCCGGGAUUUGGAAUGAUACUGAAGCCAUCCCUCUCAUGCUCAGGAGUGCUAUCACGACCGGUGUUUUGCCGGCUGUAGAUGAGAAGCCGAGUUGGCUUUCAGUCGAUGUCUGUGCGGAAGCUGUUACGGAGAUCUCGCUGGCUGGUGGCGGUAUGGCUGUGGAGGAUGAGGCGAAGCUGGUGUACCAUAUUUUGAACCCGAGGACGUUCAGCUGGAGAGACGAUCUACUACCCGCCCUCCGACGCUUGCAAGAGAAAGGAGAGUAUACCCACUUCGACAUAGCUUCGCCUUCGGAAUGGCUAGAGAAGCUAGCAAGUAGUGAGCAAGAUCCGGAGAAGAAUCCUAGUAUCAAACUCUUGGAUUUCUGGCGAGGAAAGUAUGGCAACGCAUUAGCACCAGUCGAGGAUGAAGAUGCGCCUGGCUUGACUUUCGAGACAAGUAAGACGGUCGAGAAGUGCAAGGUUCUUGUCGAAGUACGAGAUCCAGUAUCCGAAGGGUUGAUGGAGAAGUAUGUGCUUGCUUGGAUGAGACGAUGGAAGGUCUGA